UUAGUCUGAUUGAUGACACAUUGUUAUUUCAUCUACUCAUGGAUCAACAGCAGAAUGGAGGAUGGAGUGUGGUGGAGUCUGCCACACCAGAGGUGCAGAACAUCUGCAAUAAGGUAAAGACACAAGUUGAAGCGUUCAUACCUGAAGUUGCAUUCGAUCAUUUCACUGCUGUAAGCUUUGCUCAUCAGACUGGGAAGAGAAUGAAUUUUGUAAUCAAGGUGGAUGUAGAAACGAGUGUAAGUGUUCAUGUGAUGGUAUCAGCAGCUCUACCUGGCUAUCCAGAGGAUCUGAAGGUGCUGAGAAUCCAGUACCCUAAAAGCUCCAGUGACCCUCUGCAACCCUUUUGAAUAAGCACAUACAAACAUCUACAGGCGCUCUGUUUGAUAGUGUAACAACACCGUAACAAUAUUAAACAUUCUGACACUCCA